AUGUACACCGAGCUGCUGACCAAAUGGCGUGCAAAGGAGGCUGAGGAGGCCAAGCUGCAACGGCAAGCGUCUCCCACUGGCCAGCGCAGGAAAGCGAAGGCCGGGUGGUGCCUACCCAGUGGCCAUGGCCUGGACCCCAAGCACGACACGCUACUCCGUGUCAGGCAGAAGUUGAACGCUGCAAAGAGACAGCGUGACUACGGCUGGGAUCAGCUGUUCGCCUAUUGCGAUCGUGAUAGGUCUGGGACACUGGACUGGAAAGAAUUCAAGCACAUGGUGAGGAAAACGCUUGGGGUUGCUCACGAGACCGUUUGCGAUGCGGAUCUCCUCGUCCUCUUUGAGCAGGUGGAUUCUGACUCCAGCCAGGGCGAGAGGAAUAAUCUGGUGGACCUGGGCGAGCUGCUGCACUACUUGGCCAGGGGGCAGCAAGACGCCGCCGUGUUGCAAGCGCGCGCGCAGCAGCGCAUCCAGCGGGUGCGCAGGAACAUCCAGCUCGCCUUUGUGAAGCUGGAUCUGACGGAAGCCGACAGCCGGCACCUUUUUGAGAGGAUCGACCUGGACAGCUCCAAUCGCUUGUCGGAGUACGAGUUCGAAGUCUUCGUGCGGGAGCGCCUGAUGCUGAGCCACUGGGAUAUCAUGACCUCCGACCUGCAUGACUUCUACAAGUUCCUUGAUCGUGAUGGGGAUGGCAUUGACGUCUUCGAGUUCUUGGACUAUGUCAGGAAGAUCAACAGGAUCAAAGAUGCCGUGGGGGCAAGGAAUCUCACGGUGGCCGAGAAAGGGAAGACCCGCCGCCGACUUCUCACCUACAAGGACAAGCUGCAGCAAGAGCUCGAGGAUCGGAGACACGCAAGGAGCUUGCCAGACUUGCAUCUGACGACGUCAUUCGUCAGCACUGGACGAGAGAGGCGGCCGACAAAUCGUUUUGCGGCCAGUGGAGUAAUUUUUGCAUGA